GACCAUAACCUGAAUCCUAAUCGAAAAUUCGCAAUUCCCAAAUCGCAAGUUCAGACUUCCCCACUCCUCCGUCGAAGGCUCGUCGGGCUCGACGCUCUCCCCUCCACUCGUCUUCUCCGACCUCCAUUGUUGCUCUACGAGUCUUCUCUAGCCCACGCCUAAGUCUACGCCCUCAGCCUCAGUCCUCAAGGCCUCACUGCCUCAGCCCUUCGUGUCGUCCUCAGACGCCAUCGCGCCGAGUCGCCAACGCCUACACCUUUCCGCCCAGUCGGCCUAGACGCCGGUGGCCCCUCUCCGCCCAGUUGACGACGCUGAGUCAGUCUGUCCGACGUUCCACCUCCGGACCUCCCCCCUCAGAUUGUAAAGGUUCAUCUGACAGAUAUGUAUGGUGCAUAGCUCGUACUUGCCUAACUGUAUAUUUGUAGAGCUUGAAUUGAAAGAUACAUGAUGGUUAGGUUUUCAAGUUAGACAUGAUAAAAUGGUAUAGAAUGAUUUAAUAAGUUGUAGCAAACAUUUUUGAAGUGAGAUCUGUGGCAUGGCGCAACCUAAGAAGAACCUCAAGAAUCUGAUCCCACUCUUCAUCCUCCUCUCUCUCUCCGCCCUCUUCCUCUUCUCCUUCUCCCCCGCCACCCCAAUCCCCGCCACCGUUCCCACUCAGCCCACCUCCCAGCCCCAGCCCUCGCACCUCCAAACCCCAAUCACCACCACCGCCGACAACAAGAGCUUCACCUUCAUCAUCAAAGUCCUCGCCUACAACCGCCUCUCCUCCCUCUCCCGCUGCCUCAACUCUCUCGCCGCCGCCCACUACGACGACCACGCCGUCCACCUCCACAUCUUCAUCGACCACUUCCCUGUCCCCGCCAAAGCCUCCCUCGAUGUCGACCGGAACCUCAAUUCCUCCAGGCACAUUCUCGAUUUCGUUGAUGGCUUUGGCUGGAAAUUCGGCGCUAAGGUCGUGCACUACCGCACUUCCAACGCUGGCCUACAGGCGCAGUGGCUGGAGGCCUGGUGGCCUAGCUCCGACGACGAGUUCGCCUUCGUCGUCGAGGAUGAUCUCGAGGUUUCGCCUUUGUACUUUCGGUUUCUCAAGAAUCUGAUUGUGCAUUAUUACUACAAUGCUUCCAAUUUCAGUCCGAUGAUCUACGGGGCAUCCUUGCAGCGUCCGAGGUUUGUGCCAGGUAAGCAUGGAAACAAAAUGGAAAUAGAUAGUAGAACUCGAGUCUUUUUGUACCAGUUAGUUGGCACUUGGGGUCAACUUCUGUUUCCAAGGCCUUGGAAAGAAUUCCGUUUGUGGUAUGACACACACAAGUCUAAGGGCAUGAAGCCUGUUCUUGACGGGAUGGUUACAACAGGAUGGUACAAAAAAAUGGGCGAAAGAAUUUGGACUCCAUGGUUUAUUAAAUUUAUUCAUGCUCGUGGUUACUUCAAUAUCUAUACCAACCUUCUGUAUGAAAGAGCGCUUAGUAUCUCACAUCGUGAUGCUGGCGUUAACUAUGGGAAGUCAGUUGGACCAGAUUCAAAUUUAGUUAGUGAGAAUUCUAUUGAUAUCAACCACUUGGAAUUUCACCCUUUGCAUAGCAUGAAGUGGUAUGAUUUCUGCUUCAAAGAAGUUUUUCCAGAUAGAAUUGUACAGCAUUUCAAUGAACUUGGGUCUGUUAUCCCUUCCCUGCAGAAAAUGAGUAAUGUUAUACUUGUGGCCCUACAUCAGGAGUCAGAGUCAGUUGUUAGGAACUUGCUCUGCCAUUUUGAGAGGUCGUAUAUUCGGAAUUACAUCUUAAUGGGCCCAAAAUCUGAUCUCCUACUUGAUCUUGCAAUAAGAGGUCACCCUGUGAUUGAUACUGACAGACUUUAUGACAAUAUAAGAGUCUAUGACAAAUCUAACUUCAAUGAAUCUACUGUGGAACUGACUAAGGAGAUUUUUGUCAAGGCCUAUGUGGUCAAGAAAACCUUGGAACUUGGAUAUGGUAUUAUGGUGACUGAUUGCAACAGGGUUCCUCUGAACAGUGAAUCCUUUCUCGAUUUCAUUGAUACUGAUACAGCUAAUGACUUCUUUGUGGGGAAGAACUUAGAACUAGUUUUUGCCAGGAGCUCAUCUUCUGCUGCGAAGACUUGGGGUGACAGUAUCUUGACCCAAUUAGGUGCUGAAUUGAUCACAGCCACAUCAAGCGAUUCAGAUCCAACAGGAAAGAAUUUCGUGUAUGUGGUUAAAAAGUUAUUUGAGCAGAAGGGUGUUAAAUUCAAUACCUUUGAUGAAAACAAAUCUAGUUUAAAUAUCAGUUCCUUUGAUGCUAGCCAAACGCCGUUUAUACAGGAUAGAGGAAAAUUUGUACUUUGGUCUUCAGAGACGAGCACAAAUUUGAUUCAGCAACAGCUUGUACAAUUAGGUCUGUGGAUUGUGGAUAGUGAUAUGUCAUGUACUGCUGUCAUUUGCUACCCUCCAUAGCUUUUGGUGGCAUUAGUAGCAGUUAAAUUAUAAUCCUGAUGGACCAAAAGUGUUGCAAAGAAGUGUUUUGGAGAAUUGGCAACUCCAAAUUUGUAAUCUUGGAAUUCCCACCAAACAUUUUGAUGGAGAGGUGCAUGCUAGGAUUACGGGUAUGGGUUAUCUGUUUAUACACUUUCAGUGAUCAAGCAAGAAACCUUUUGUGUGCUACUUGAGACAAGGACAAGAUGGGAGCUAGCUAAUGCAAAUGAGGCAGAGAUUAGGUGAGAAUUGCAGUCUUUUUUUACAUUAUUAGUUCAUUGUCUACUGAAGAAGAAUCGUGAGGUCGUCACCUGUUCCUUCAUGCUUUACCCUAUUUUGAAAUGCAUCAGUAAGUUGCCUGCCUCAGGUCAUAGAAAAAUGUGCUUGAAAUCUUCUUGGUUUCUUAUUAUAAUCCAUGUUUGCUGUGGUAUUGUCUUUUUUUUCUUCAUCUGAUGGAAAUCACCCAAUGACCUUGUACUUCAUUGCUUUGUUUAUCAGUGAUCAAAAUACCUUCAUGUGAACCAAAUUUUUUAUGCAACGCCUGUUUGACUAA